CUCUCUAACAACACAGGCAUGGCUCUUCAGGUGCUGCUGUGGGCAUGCGCGCUGCUGGGCGCAGCCAGUGCUGGCUACCUGGGCGCGCCCGCCGUCUCCUACUCUGCGGCACCUGCGCUGCGGGGAUCGGCUCUGGGUCUGGGACUCGCAGGUUCUCCACUUGGAGCUGGUGCUGGCACUGCUGCAGCUGCGGCAGCUGCAUCUGCUGCUGCGAGACUGGCUGCCGCCAGGUUUCCAGCUGCUGGUCUGCCGGCCUAUGCCGGAGUCGCCCCUGGCUAUGCUGGUGUAGCUCCAGGCUACGCUGGAGUCGCCCCUGGCUAUGCCGGUCUGGCCGCUGCACGCUACGCUGGUCUGGGCCGCCUGGCCGGUGGGCUGCCCGCUGAACUGGCUGACCCGUACUACGACCCCAACCCCCAGUACAGCUUCAGCUACAGGGUCAGCGACGCCCUGACCGGCGACGCCAAGCAGCAGCAGGAGAGCCGCAGCGGCGACGUGGUCGAGGGCAGCUACAGCCUGGUCGAGCCCGACGGCAGCGUCCGCACGGUGGACUACACGGCCGCCCCUGGCGUCGGUUUUAACGCCGUGGUCUCAAAGAGCGCCGCUCCUCCUGGAUCGCCUGCUGCUGCCGCUGCAGCCACUGUGCAGUACCAGGUGUUGGAGGCUACCAACUGUCCCCAGCAGCUGCUGCUGGAGUGUAUGGCGCGCCCCUCAAGACUGCACAUGCUGCUCUUUCCACACCACACGCCAAGGUCCACUACUGAUUAUCCCACCGGCUAA